AUGCCAGGCAUUCUCACCAUGAACCACACCGGAUCAGACUUAGCGACGGCUUCACGCGAUGCAGAUGGCAGGAAGCGCAACCACGACGCUGACAUGAUCAACGGAGGACUCAAUGGGACGCGAAGCGACACGCCGGCAGGAGGACCUGCCACCAAUGGAGGUUCCUCGAAAGACACCAACACUAACGGCGCGUCCAUGGCAUUAGCAACGACGGCAGGCUCCACGCUCGGACACUACUCGGAUCUGCCACCGGAAAUCGCCCACAUUGGCCCUGAGCAGUACAACUCCCUCUCAACAUUGUUGUUGCGGAUAUCGCAGGAAUCUUACAAUGAGCUCGAGGAAGUAUUGAAGAACAUGGCCGCUAUCCAACUGGCUCCAGUAACCAAUGGCGUUCUUCCCAAUGGACUUGGUGCGGCAAACAUGCAAGGGAACGCAGACGCAAACAGGCGUAAGAAGCUGGUUCUCCUUUCAUUUGCCCAAGAGCAGCGGGCAAAGUUCAUCAAGCUGCUGGUCCUUACAGAGUGGGGAAAGAAAGCUUCGUCUGACAUUUCCAAGCUUAUUGACUUACUGGCCCACGCGAGUACGCAGGCAGCCCACAUGGAUGCCGCUGACUACAAAUUGGAGAGAAUCAAGGUUCUCUCUAACAACGCAAGGGAGAAUAAUCCGGAUAUCGCGACAGCUUUGGAGGUAUUGUCAACCGGCAAAGCGUCGUGGAUGCCGAGCCUUGACUACAUACCGCCUGAGCCCAUCUCUGCCGAGCAAGCUCUCAAAUUGCUACGCUACUUGAACACUUCCCUCUCGAUACGUCUGAAUGUGCACGAAAGCCUUCCACGGCAUCUUCAAAACUGGCGCGUGCAUUCUGGACGCGCGACCUUUGUCAUCGACAACGAGCUGGAGUUCGACGUCAUGUCCUUUGUGGAGGAUGCCUCAGAACAGUGGUUCCUCAUUGAUGUCCGGCUACUGUUCAACCCAGCGCCCACGAUCACCGUCGGUAGCCGCUUCUUCAUGCAGCUUAAGCUGCAGGCCGACCUAGUCUUAAAAGACAAGGGUCUGACUGGUCUUUUCGACUUCUUGAAUAAUUUCAUCUUGACACACAAGAUUUCUGUACUUCGAUCACAGGCAGUAGGCCUCGUCCGCACCGGCUGGGCAGGCUCUCUCAAGGUUGAGCCUGUGCAUCGCUUGCUCGUAGUGUCAUACUGGACCAACAAGCCUGGGAAGAAAAACUGGAUCGAGAUCGGCGUAUCCAAUAACAAGCCAAAGAACGGCAAGGUCUCGUGGAGAGGACCACCCAUCCCGUCACUGACAACACGCUGGUUUCGUCAAGGCAAGGAAGUGAAAGACCCCAAGUUCCAGUUCGAUUGGAAGGAUCUGUCCAUGGAAUGCGUUCUCAAGCAAGUCAUCGCAUGCCAUGCGAGCGAGAUUCUGCGUUCUACGAAGAACAGUUUCAAAUCUGGGGUGAUAGCGAAUGCACGACUUUCCGAGACCGAACCUGGGGAUUGCACACUUGACGCAACACUGGGUGCUACAUCUACUUCUGUCACACUGUCACUAGAGCAAGUCACCGGCAGCUAUAUUUUACGACCAGCGAGCGCACUAUCUGCGCGGGCGGAGAGCGCUUUUAACCAAGGCAGGGAGCCUGGACAAAUUGCCAAUGUAAUGACGCAGGUGCUCGCCGGUACACUACUCAGCCUGAUCCAGAAGAACGCACAACAACUCGGCUGGCAAUCAGUAGCGAGGCAAGCUUUACAUCAACAGGUAGUGUCGGCUGCUGUCAGGUUGGAUGUUAUUUCAUCCACCCUGUAUUGCCCUCGCGGUUGGACGCCAAGCUGGGCACUGGCAGCGGUGAUCGACUCGUCUGGUGAGUCGUGGUGGAUCUUCGAAAUCGGAUCUGGCGGAGGCAGCAUAGAAUAUGCUGAGCAGAUCAGAAUGGAUAGACCUGACGGUAGCUCCUUGCCCAUCAACCGCAACACCUUGGCAAGUCUCGAAAGAAUCGCCGUGCAGCUGCUGUCAUUCCGUGUCACAGCUCGGCAACUUGAGAAGCAGAAAAAGAACUAUAGCUUGAAGUGUGAGCUAGGGCCCUCUUUGGAAGCUUAUCGCAUCGCCCGUCGGUGGGUCCUGCAUGUGCAAACUGCAGAUCUUCUCGCGGCUCAAGCAGGUCAAGACGCAUGGCUCGAAUCAGACAUCAGGAUCACUUGCGAAGGCAUGAAAGUUGGAGCUCAGAACGUCUGGCACAUGGCUGCCGGCAGGAUGAUUAAGACUGUUGCUGCAGAUAUGCACAAGCUCAUGGCAGCUUCACCACAACAUGCUUUCAAAUUCUCGGAGGAUGGUAACUUUAGGAUCCUCCUUGCCACGCCCUUUGGGCAGGAUAUACUUGGAGAGUUGCGAGCACGACUGCGAGAUGUCAAUCGUCUUCGUACCUUUGCAACUACUCUGCAGAAACGCAAGAUGUUGCUCAAAUCCUCCUCCUUACAACGCGUACAGUUUCAAUACGGUCCAUCGCCAUAUUCUGCCACCGUUAAUUUUGGUUCCGAAAAGGAGCUCACUAUCGAACUAUCACCCAGCAACCCGCACCAUCGAAUACUCUCUCAACUCACCGAGAUUGCUAAUGAUCGGUCGCCCUCCUUACCAGUCAUUGAUCCCGGUGAUGCCAAUGGUCUAGACCGUUUCUGUACGAUACUCGUUGCCACGCGACCUCUCUUCAAGGUCCUGCGCGAAGUCGAGCAACGAUCGCCAGGCAACUACAGCAACCCCGCAAUCCAUGUCCACACCAUCUUCAAAUAUCGUCUUACGUAUGACAAUCCCGUCUGCACGUUCGAUGUGCGUCUCCAACCCAAAGACGACAACGUGUAUUGGUUCGUCGAAGACAACUUGCGCCCAAAGGAUCCCAACGUAUUGCCAACUCCCGAGCGUGCACCAGGUCAUAGACGCCUUGACAACCUACAGGCUAAGCUGAAGGAGCUGUUCAGUAGGAAGGGCAAUGGGUGGUUUGGUACCCGCAAUGGUAUGGUGGCGGAAUUGGAUGCGAUUCCUAGAGCCAUCGAGGAGCUUGAUAAAUGUGUCUUGGGCUGUAGAAUGGCUGAUGGCUACGUUGCGCCUCCACCACUUGAAAAACCUGCACAGCAAGGUCUAAAUCAGGCGAAUGGGGGCCAACAGGGGAACCAACAACAGCAACAAGCCAGGAUGCAACAGGCACGCCAACAACAGCAACAACAGCAGCAGCAGCAGCAGCAGCAGCAGCAACAACAACAGAGGCAGGGCCAAUCAGGGAAACAGCACCUGAACCAGCAGCAACAUCCGAGAGGCCAACAACCGAACGGCAGACCGGCUCAACAGCAAAUGCCCAGUGGGCGUCAGCAAACCUUGCAACAGCAACAACAGCAAGGCCGAGGCGGUCCAGGAGGUCGUCCAGGGCAGUCUAAAAACGACGUCAUCACUAUCGAUUAG